GGACGGAAGCGGAGAUACUGAAACGAAAACAGCAAAAGUAGAGGUGGUGAAGCCGGGUCUUGGGGAGAAGGAGGAUGGAUUAGCUUCUAUUUAGCAUCUGAAUUAGCGGAGAGUUGGUGUGGGUCCGGGACUCUGUGCGAGGGUGAGCUAAAAACCAGGCUUAGCAAAGACGUAGUUUCGUGCAUAGGGUCCCCACCCCAACUUCCCUUUGCUAAGAGGGAGUGGCUCGUGCGUGAGAUAAUAUAAAACUCACUGGAUCUGCACUCUGAGGACCUUCAUCUGCAUCUCUAUCCUCCCACUUAGCUCUGUGACUUCCUCUAGGUCCCAAGUGAAGAGGAAAUGCAGGUUGAAGUCCAUUGGAAGUAAAGCCAUAAUCGCCCAAGACAACAAAGAAUUGUUUGCUUGCUGAUCUCCUGUGUGUUCCUCAUAAGCUUUGGAUUCUAAGUUCUCUAGUAUUUUAGCAAUAAGGAAAAACUCCAAUGGAUCCAUCUGUGGUCACUGCUCUUGGCCUGGUACUCUGUGUAUUUCUCAUUUCAGUAUGGAGAAAGGGCUACGGAAAAGGAAAGUUCCCACCUGGGCCUACUCCUCUUCCAAUUAUUGGAAAUAUGCUGCAGUUAGAUACUAAGAAUAUCAAUAAAUCCUUUUGCCUGCUGGCAAAAGCUUAUGGCCCAGUAUUCACUCUGUACUUGGGUUCUGAGCCUACUAUCAUACUGUAUGGACAUAAAGCAAUUAAGGAAGCUCUGAUCGGGCAUGGAGAUGUAUUUGCUGGAAGAGGAAGUUUCCCAGUAUCUGACACUAUUAACAAGGGAUUGGGAAUCCUUUUCAGCAAUGGAGAAAGAUGGAAGCAAAUUCGCCGCUUCUCACUUGUGACCCUGAGGAAUUUUGGGAUGGGGAAGAGGAGCAUUGAGGAGCGAGUCCAAGAAGAGGCAAGGUACCUGGUGGAAGAGUUAAAAAAAACAAAUGGGCUGCCUUUUGACCCCACUAUCACCCUUGGCUCAGCCCCCUGCAAUGUCAUCUGCUCAGUUGUUUUCCAGAAACGUUUUGACUAUACAGAUCAGAAAUUUCAAUAUUUAAUGGAGCUUUUAAAUGAAAAUGUCAAGAUUCUCAGCUCCCCAUGGAUACAGGUCUACAAUUCUUUCCCAUCUCUAGUCCACUACCUCCCAGGAAGUCAUCAUAAACUAAUCAAAAACUUUCAUGACUUGAGUGACUUUGUUUUGGAGAGAGUGAAGGAACAUCAAGAAACCCUAGAUAUCAAUGACCCUCGGGACUUCAUUGACUGUUUCCUGAUGAAAAUGGAGCAGGAAAAGCAAAACGCACAAUCUGAGUUUACCAUUAAAAACUUAGUCCAAACCACUCUUGAUCUCUUUGGAGCCGGGACAGAGACCACCAGCACCACUCUGAGAUACGGCUUCCUGCUUCUGUUGAAGUACCCCGAGAUAACAAAAAAAAUCCAUGAAGAAAUUGACCGAGUGAUUGGUCAAAAUCAAAGUCCUUGCAUGCAAGACAGAAACAAUAUGCCUUACACCAAUGCUGUGAUCCAUGAAAUACAGAGAUACAUUGACCUCGUCCCUGCCAGCGUGCCUCAUGCAGUAACAGAAGACAUUCAGUUCAGACAAUACCUCAUCCCCAAGGGCACCACCGUAAUACCAUUACUGACUUCUGUUCUGUAUGACAAUGAAGAGUUCCCCAAUCCAGAGCAGUUUGACCCUCAUCAUUUCCUGGAUGAAAGUGGCAACUUUAAGAAAAGCGACUAUUUUGUACCUUUUGCAACAGGAAAACGGGCGUGUGUUGGUGAGAGCCUGGCUCAGAUGGAAUUGUUUCUCUUUUUUACCACCAUCUUGCAAAAUUUCACCUUGAAGCCUGUCAUUAACCCCAAUGACAUUGAUGUCAAUCCCGUUGCCAAUGGGUUUAACAAUGUACCACCCUCUUAUGAGAUCUGCUUCUUACCUUCCAAGAGUAUAUAAAGGACCACCCCUCUACCGGUGGUUUAAGUGCCUUCUCUCCUGUGCACACGUUGCACUCAUUCUCUUGCCUGGCAUUCAAAGCCUUCCAUGACUUGGGCCAAAUGUACUUUUCCAGCCUGAUUUCUAACUGCUCCUUUUGGCUUUAAUAACAAUGGAUUACAAGCUGUCCCCUCCCCACAUAUCUCAGGCUUCUUGCCCCAGUGCUUUUGCUCCUGUCAAGUAUUCCUGAUCCCUGCCAUAUUUCCUCCCACUACUCAUCUUCCCUUGUUGAAAUACUACCCAUCCUUAAAGAUCAGCUCAGAUAUCACACCCCUCUGAAUUCCUUAGCACUUAUACAAUAUAACAUUUAAUUGUA